UUCAGUUCUGUGAUGGUCCUCCAAUCCAAUCAGUCGGCAACGAAUUUCGUGUUUUCAAUUCAAAUAAUAGAAUUUGAACAAACAAUUCGAACCGUUUUUCUCUGAAUGUUUUCUCAUAUUUCGGACUUCGGACAAUAAAUGAUAAACCAGAUUCAUUUAAUAGACUGGGAUAUUUCCAUAAAACAAUCUUCACCCUCUUGUCUGCCUUUGACAAUGAUUUUUUAAGGAAUCGUUUUUCAUUACCUUUUGGCUGUAUUGAGAUGGAAAGUGAGUUCCAUCAAAAGAAAAAUGUCCACAGCAUUUUUGAUUUCGACAAUUUGCCUUAUAUUCGUCGCAGAAUCAGAAACAAAUCAAGAACUGAUAGAGCAAGGUAGAACCCAAUACCAGUUAUUGAAAGAGAGGGAAUCUCUACCUCGAUAUGGCACAUGCUGGAAAUCUGCUAUAGAACACUUGGACACAGGUUGUAGGCUAUUAACUGAAGACACUCAGAGUGACAUUGCCUUACACAUUACAAAUUGCUUCCUAGAAAUGUCUGGACAGGAGACCUACAACUGUGAACUGGACAAAAAACGCAAUUUACGUGCCAUUUGCAUCAGCAGCAUGUCAGAUAGAGCUUUCCAUGUCUUCACAGAAUUCUACACUCACACACAAAACAUGUGUUGGUUCCUUCAAGGCCAAGUAUGGCAAGAGAUCAUUUCGGAGAGUACAAUGAGAGUUGGAAAGCAGUUAAAAGAGACUGCUGCUAACCAACAUGACUUGCUAGAGGCUCAAAAAGAGAGUUUAGAGCUGCAAGGUAGGAUGUUGAAGCAUGGACAGUUUCUGGAGCAGUUGUUGGAGGAUUUGUAUGUGUCCUUCAAGACCCAUCAGGAUAUACUGAAGGUUUUGUCUGGUAGCAUCAGUAGGUUGCAAGAUUGGGUCAUAGGGGAAAUAUCUUGGUUCAAUUCCCUUAUAUUUUAUACUGUAGCUAUGAUCUCAAUUUUUAUGUUUACUGCUACAGAAAGGGUGCAAUCUGCAAGGUUUCCAGCUUUUUUAAUGCUUCUGCUCAAUUUUUUCAUAGAGAGAUUGCUUUGUUCAACAAGACUUUUUGCUGUUGAUGAUGAUAUUGACAAAUCAUACAGUGUCAUUUACUACUAUGUUUGGAUAUCCAGAUAUGUAUUUAUAAUGAUAGCUGUUAUUUUCUUUAUGUAUAGGGCUGUUGUUUAUGAGAAUCCUAUGAUUCAACAAUACAAUUUACUUUCACACAUCAUGAAACAAAAUGAUGAAAUUCUGAAAAUGUUGUCCAGCAAAAAUGAGCUUGAUUUAAGUUCUACCAAUUUGAGUUUUAUGAAUGAAGUCUCAAGACAGGAAGAGAAACCAUCUGAAGGUUAUAAUAACUCUCAGAUCAAAGACAUUAGUAGUUCUAAUGGAGUAUUUGUGAGUGAUAAAAAAUUGGAAAAUAAUUUAGAAAUGAGGUCUCCAUUAGAUUUGGGAAAUAAGGGGUACAACUUGAGGAGUAAAACACCUGUCAAUAAAAAAAUGUAGCUUCAGAAGUGAAGUAAACUGUUAUAAUAUUAAUUUUGAUUUGUAUAUCAUACCUAAUAUACUGACAGUGAAUCCUUUAUAUCAUUAUAUCUGAUUGUGGAAUAUUCUGUGAUUAAUUUUUAAACCAAAUAACCAAUAACCCUUGGUUAGGAAUACCCCUUGGUGCCUUGGUUUUAGGAACAAGUUCUUUGAGAAAUAAGAAAAUCAUUUUUGAAAUUUCUAACAGAAAACAUCUACUUUUCUGGCUAAUACCACAGAAUAUUCAAUUAUAUAACUGUCAAAUUGUCAAAUAUUUGAAAUACCAAAUAAAUCAAUUUUAUAAUAUAUUAUAAUAUUAAUAUUUAAAUAAAAUGAACUACUUUGCUGGCUAAUACCACAGAAUUUUGAAUUAUACAGUCUCCCUGUUCAGGUUUUGAGGUACAAACUGAUAUUGGUGAUAGAUCCCAUCAUUUUGAUAAAAAAACCGACGAUAUGUCCUUGAUACAAAAAAACUGUAUACAGGGUGUCCGAAAAGGUCAUAUUGUAAAUGAUAAAAGAGUGACCUAGAAAGUUUGAAUAAACAAUAAGAUUUAAGAACAAUAUACCUAGGUAGGUAGGGUGCUUUUUUAUAUUUACAUAUCAUUCAGUAGGCAAAACAGUUGGUAUAAGGAGAAACAGAUUCCUCCCAAAAGAAUAAUCAGUUGCAUAAAUUUCAUUUUGGUUAAAUACAAUAUCACAUUCAUGCUGUCAGUGAUUUCUUGAUAAUGUGAUACUUCCUAUUGGAUAAACAGAUUAUGUAGCAAUGGUCUUCAUAAACUAAUGAUAGUUUUUUGAACGCCUCUUGGGAACAAUUGCUGUAAUCUAGUUGGGCAGAGACGUUGAUCAGGCGCAUGAUGGAAUUGGCGAAAUUCUCAUCAUUUUUGAGUUCACCUGCUGAGGAUAUCACAGCGCCGUCUUCAUUUAAAACCAUAAACCCGAUUUGGCCGGGGCGAUCCAUAUCAUUGGACUAC